AUGAAGUGGUCCCAGCUUAAGACGCUGGUUCUGCCAGUCCUGUCAUGCCUCAUCCAAUUCUCCUCUUCCCGCGUCGUGGAUUUUAGACUCGACUUGACAUGGGAGGAUAGCAAUGUUGCGGGUAUCUCCCGUAAGGCAAUCUACACCAAUGGCCAAGUCCCAGCACCAAAUCUCCGCGUAAACCAAGGCGACCAGGUGAGAGUUCUGGUCAACAACUCCAUGCCAUUCGGCACCACAGUCCACUGGCACGGUAUCCCUCAGUAUGGCACCCCAUGGUCAGACGGGGUCCCGGGUCUCAAUCAAGAAAUGAUCAAGCCUGGUGAACAAUUCUACUAUGAAUGGACAGCCACCGAUUACGGCUCCUAUGCCUAUCAUGCCCACACAAGAGCCCAGAUGGACGACGGUCUCUAUGGUGCCAUCUAUGUGGAACCGCGUGCAGACGUGCAGAGACCGUUUAGCAAGAUCAGCAGCAUCCCGUAUGAACUCCAAGCCAUGCUGCAAGCUGAAAAGAACACCCAUCCAAUCAUGCUCUCCGAUUGGCGAUCUUUCACGUCUGAGGAGACUUUGCAGAUCGAAGAAGACUCUGGAGUUCAGGCGACCUGUACUAGUGCCAUCCUGGUCAAUGGUAAAGGGUCGGUCAUCUGCCCCCCGCAAGACCACAUCAAUGACCUCACCCGAUCGGGUGAAUGGACUGCGCUUGGAAAUAACACCAUGUCUGAUACGGGCUGUAUGCCACCCCUUGCAGCCCGUCUGGGCGGAUUCCCGUUCAAUAUAACCAAGAUUCCGCCGGGGUACUACCAGGGUUGUGUACCGACCGUUGGGGAGCAGGAAGUGCUUUCCGUCGACCCGAGGACCCGAUACGUCAGCUACGACCUCAUCAGUUUACCUGGCACGUCCAACUUGGUUUUCUCCAUCGAUGAACAUCCUAUGUAUCUCUAUGCGGUCGAUGGCCGCUAUGUCGAUCCCCUGGUGGUCGAUGCUAUCAACGUCUACGCCGGAUCGCGGUACUCGGUCCUUGUGAAGCUAGACCAGCCCAUUAGCAUAUAUACCGUCCGCGUUGCUAACAAGUUCGCAAACCAAAUCAUCAACGGCACCGCCCUGAUGUCCUACACUGGCUCCAAUCCAAGCCAGUUCAACACCUCCACACGUUACAUCAACGAGGUCGGUACCGCGGCUGGUAUCAACGGCACUAUCAUUCUCGACGAGGCCCAAAUCGUCCCAUUUGAACAGGAGGCGCCUGCUCCCGAGCCAGACCAGACCCAGAUCCUUCAAGUCAACCUCUAUAACGCCUCCUAUCGAUGGACCCUCGGCGAAGCCAGUUAUCCCAUGGCCAAUGAGGAUCUCACUCCCCCUGCACUUUUUAACUACUCCUCAAUCCCGGCCGAAUACACUGUCAUGACUAAGAACAACACCUGGGUAGACAUUAUCUUCAAUAUGACCUCGAUCGGGCAGCCGCAGCACCCGAUCCACAAACACUCCAACAAAUUCUUUGUCCUUGGGUGGGGCGCCGGGGUAUGGAGGUGGUCUACUGUGGCUGAGGCAAUGAAAGAAAUUCCUGAUAGUCUCAACUUGGUGAAUCCUCAACUCCGCGACACCUUCCAGACGCCGGCAUCGACACCGAACCAUAGCUGGUUAGCGAUCCGCUACCAUGUGGUCAACCCCGGUCCGUUCUUCAUGCACUGUCAUCUGUCCAUGCACGAGAGCGGUGGGUUAGCUGUGGCCCUGUUAGAUGGGGUGGAUGCGUGGCCGACGGUACCAGAACGGUACCAGUUGCCAGCGUUGGCGGACCCGGCGGAGAACACUCCAGCAACGCAUGGAUUGAUGGAUCAUCCUGGCUUCGACUGAUUGGCCAUCCGUUAGCUGACUGUUUCUUCACUGCCACUUAUCAUGUUGCAUAUAGCCGGCGUUCUCGCGAUGUGUGAGCGGCUUAGGGCGUUGGGGUUUUUCAUUGGGUUCUAUUCUGUUCUUGCUUGGCGGAUCUUCAUGCAUUGCUCUGACAUAUUUACAUGUUGUUCCCUGGCUCUUUUUUUCGGUGUUCAUUUGAGACUAUGAAUUAUCUGGCAUAUACUUUGAAGAUGGACAU